GCCGUACAAUAGGUGUGGGCUGUCUUCCUGUUGUGGGUGGCAUUUGCAGCCCUUCCCUCUCCUCUGAUGGCAGCGCAGUACCCAGGACCAAGCAGCAGCGGGAGGCGGAGGAUACAACAAAGACAGCAGCACUAGUGCAGUCACAGUACAGCCGACUCCAUAGUUUGUGACCCCACAGAAUGCUGAAGUGCGUAGUCUGGUAUGAACGUACACCAUGGCUGCAGCAGAUGGUCUGGGUCAAGACAUUCCAUUGUUUUACCUUUCUAAAUUCUGGGCCAAGUGUCUAGUUGGGCUCUUGUCAGUUGUAUGCUUUGCUAAUAGCUACAAUGGCAAUUUUGUGUUUGAUGACUCUGAAGCAAUCAUUAAUAAUAAGGACCUCAGAGAAGAGACCUCAGUUAGCGAUCUGUGGCUGCAUGAUUUUUGGGGCAGCAAACUCAGUAGCAAUACAAGUCAUAAAUCCUACAGACCGCUUACAGUCUUAACAUUCAGGAUCAGUUAUGCCCUUGCAGGAGGUUUACAACCAGUUGGGUUUCAUGUAAUCAACAUCAUAUUGCAUUGCAUGGUGUCUGUCCUGAUGCUUGAUGUCUUUUCACUACUGUUCAGUGGCGGAGAAUGUGACAAAGGAAAAAAAAAUAUUUAUGUCCCCAAGGCAGCAUUACUGAGUGCUUUGUUGUUUGCAGUUCAUCCAGUACAUACAGAAUGUGUUGCCGGAAUUGUUGGCAGGGCAGAUCUUCUCUGUGCGCUAUUUGUUGUUUUAUCUUUUCUUGGAUAUAGCAAAGCCCAAAUAAGAAUUCAUAAAGAAGAUCAUACCUCUGUGUUCUGGGUGCUGAUCAGCAUUGGGCUUGCCGCCAUUGCAAUGUUGUGUAAAGAGCAAGGCAUAACGGUUUUGGGUCUGAAUGCUGUUUUUGAUGUCUUUGUAAUCUGCAAGUUAAACAUGCUGGAAUGUAUCCAGAAGGUACGGCGCAGGGACAAAACCCCAGAGAAUUUUUCAUUUGUAAAAAAAGGAUUGCUCUCAAGAAUCAGUCUUCUGGCUGCUGGAGGUAUAUGUAUGCUAUAUGUGAGAUGGAGUAUUAUGGGCACAGGACCUCCAGCAUUUACUGAUGUUGACAACCCAGCAUCUUUUGCUGAGAACCUACUUGUGAGAGUAAUAAACUAUAAUUACUAUUAUUCCUUAAAUGGAUGGCUGCUGCUGUGCCCAUGGUGGCUCUGCUUUGAUUGGUCAAUGGGCUGCAUACCUCUUAUUAAAUCUCUCAGUGAUUCUCGGAUAAUGGCACCGACAGCACUUUGGUUCUGCUUGUUUGGCUUAAUGUACCAGGCAUUAUUCUCCAGUAAUGGCCAAACGAGAAGAAUCCUCAUUAUGGGUUUGGGAUUUCUCAUAAUACCUUUCCUCCCUGCGAGUAACUUAUUCUUCCGGGUUGGAUUUGUUGUUGCUGAAAGGGUCCUCUACCUGCCUAGUGUAGGAUAUUGUAUAUUACUCACUUAUGGCUACAGUAAGGUCUGUAAACAGUUGCACAAUAAGAAAUCCAUGACUAUAGUUGUACUGGGACUGCUGAUCCUCUAUCCAGUGCGCUGCAUCUACCGAAGCAACCAGUGGAAAUCAGAGGAGCUUCUUUUCCAAAGUGCACUUGAUGUAUGUCCUUUAAAUGCUAAAGUGCAUUAUAAUAUAGGCAAAAAUUUAGCAGAUCGAGGCCUUCAAACAGAUGCCAUUAAAUACUACAGAGAAGCUAUAAGGUUAAAUCCAAAAUAUGUACAUGCAAUGAAUAAUCUUGGCAACAUACUUAAAGAAAAAGAUGAACUCUACGAGGCAGAGGAACUGUUAUCGCGAGCGGUGUCAAUCCAAUCAGAUUUUUCGGCUGCAUGGAUGAACUUGGGUAUUGUACAGAACAGUCUUAAACGGUUUGAAGAAGCUGAAAAAAGCUAUUUAACUGCUAUCAAAUACAGAAAAAAAUAUCCAGAUUGUUACUACAACCUGGGGCGACUGUAUGCAGAUUUAAACCGACAUAUGGAUGCGCUGAAUGCUUGGAGAAAUGCCACCUUUCUAAAGCCUCAGCACAGUUUAGCUUGGAAUAACAUGAUCAUACUUCUUGAUAAUAUAGGCAAUUUAGUUCAAGCGGAAGCUAUUGGAAGGGAGGCAUUAAAACUGUUACCACAAGAUCAUUCGAUUUCAUUUUCACUUGCCAAUGUGCUUGGAAAAGCACAAAAAUACAAGGAGUCUGAAGGUCUGUUCCUUCGAGCCAUUGAAGCCAACCCCUCUUCGGCAAGUUAUCACGGCAAUUUGGCUGUGCUUUACCAUCGCUGGGGACGUCUCGACUUGGCCAAGAAAUACUAUGAAAUUUCCAUGAAGUUAGAUCCUUCUGCAUCUGGAACCAAGGAGAACUAUAAUCUGCUGAAACGAAAACUGGAUCAGCAGCCCAAAAGGAGGCACAUAUAACAGCUGCGUAAAGAUAUAAUGUGAUGUCUAUGGACUGUUAGCAAACCUCUACCCUGAUGAUACUAUGUACAUCUGCUGUCUUUUCAUGCAGGAAAUAUUUUCUAGCUAGUGUACAAUAAGUAAAAGCUUUCCAGAUGGAAGUGGCAGUUCUCAGGUGACCAUCUUUACUUUGACUAUUAUGUGAAUCCUAGCAGUCAGGAUAGGAGCAGAGGUGAACGUCUUGUUCUGAUGAACUUUCUGUAUGAUAUGCACUUCUUUAUAGCUUUUUACUACAAUGUUUUACACCAGUCAGGACUGUUAAGAGUUGCUACACUUUUGUAGCUUUAGAACACAACUGAAUGGAUUUCUUAAUGAUAGUAUUUAUUUCCUCUGUAUGUUAUGAUGCAUGUGACUUUUUUUGUUUUUCCUUGUGAGCACUUUUUUUCAGGAGAAUCUUAAACGAGCUUUAAUUUGUGUCGAGAACACAGACAUCGUCUACAUUUCACAAGCACCCAGCCUUAUGUAUGAUGUUAUAGUGAAUUGUGUAUUUAUUUAGCUACAGAGCGAACUUGUACAGGUCAGUUUGAUAAUGUGUAUUUUAUAAAUAUAUAAAAAGUGCUAUUGAUAUGAACGAUAAAAUACUACAACAUAUACUGUUUCUAGGAGCCUUGCUUCCAAGCCAGUGCAUGUGAGGUACUGCAAACACUGCAUUGCUUUCCUGUAACAGGUUUUAGAAUUUCCAGUUUACUGCAAGACUCUAUUGAGGAUUAAUAUUUUUGUUCUAUUCCCAAGUAAAUGUGUGUGUAUAUAAUAUUGGGCCAUUGCAUUGCAAAACACAUGGUAAUAAAAUCUGUCACUCACUUUAGUAGUGACUGUUUGAUUGUUUAUAUUGAUACAUGGCACAAGUAAUGGCUGCCAGUCCAUACCACUUCAGCAUGGUUUCCAUGUGAGCAUUUUUAAAGACCGUUUUGGGGCUGUCAUGGCACUUGACUCUCUGUAGAAACCCUUUAUAACUUGACGGGUGCAUUCGUUUUAUCCUGGUAUACAUAUAUGUAUGUAGUAAUACAGUAGCUUUGUAGCUAAGCAGUAAUUCCUUCAUUUGUUUGGUGACAAUAGCUAAUUCCAUAAGAAUCAGGAAAAUAGAUCUGAUUAUUGGGAAUGAAUGUUCAUUCACGUGGUGAUUGGCCCGUUUAAACACCCAACAAACACUUGUUUGGCAGCUGAUCGGAUCUUUUAUAAAAUAUAUAUUAAGGCUCCAUUCACAUGUCAGCAACGUGUUUUGCGGAUCUGCAAAACACAGACAGAGGCAAUGUGCGUUCCGCAUUUUGCAGACCGCAGAUUGCCGGCACUAA